AUGAGUAUUAUGAAACAAAUAUCUGAUUCAAAUGAAUAGAACAGAGAUCUCCAUCCCAAUGGUCCAAGAUUGAAAUUUGAUUAAGAUGAAUUACAAAAAUUCCAAUUCUAAUAAAUAGACUCCAACUCAUCUUUGCCUCCAAAUAAAAUGAAAAAUACUACCCAUUGUGAGUCCACAAUUCUCAAAUAAGAAAUAAGCAAAUAGUUGACAAGAAAAAGAAGAUCUGAAUUUAAGAUUGGUUUAUAUCGAACAAGUUUCCUAAGGACAAUCAAUAGAAAUUCCCUUGUUCAAAAGUUCAAAAACAUUCUCCUCAUGCGUUCCUAUGUGUUGAGUAAAGAAAAUAAGUAUCUUUUACAUCAAGAUUGGUGGCAAAGACAAACUAAAAGAAAUCAAUAUACUCAUAGUCGCAUCCCAUUCAUUAUCUCAGGUAGUCAUGUUUCAAUCAUUUUAACCAUAUGGUCUCUCUUCAUUCAGAUAGUCACUUUAUGGAUUACACCUUUUAUGAUCUCAUUUUAAUGGGAAACUUCAAUUUUCUAAGUCCUCUUUAUUAUUAUUAUAUUUUAAGUCUUUUUUGAUGUUUUUAUCAAAAUCAAUAGUCCAUUAAUCGUAAAUGGAGAAACCUUAUAUGAUAAGACUGAAAGAAUUAAGGAUUUCCUUAAAAAGAACUUAUUUGAAGAUCUAAUAUAUAUCUUCACCCUAAUCAUUUCAUUUUUUCCAAUUUUCGAUAACAUUCAGUUGCAAGGCGCCUUUUGUAUCAUUAUCAUUUUCAUUUCUUACAAAAAGCUUAAUCAAAAUUACGAAAGCCUGUAUGACAUCCUUUACUUGAAGGGACAAUACCAUUAUGCAAUUGAUGUCAUAUAACUCACUAUUUUGAUCUUUUCAUAUGCCCAUCUUAUGGCAUGCAUUUGGCAUUAUGUAGGUGAAAUUACCAUAGAGCAAGGCCAAUCUUGGUUGAUUUAACGUAACCUGUAAAACGGGGCAAUUUGGGAGAAGUAUAACACUUCAUUUUAUUGGGCAACCAUGACUAUGUCUACUGUAGGCUAUGGAGACAUAACACCUACUAAUCAAUUCGAAACCUUGGCAGCUAAUUUAAUGAUGAUUCUCUCUAGUUGUAUGUUCGGCUAUUCAAUUAGUCAAAUUGGAAUGAUCCUCAAGAGUCAAUAUGAAGUCUAGUAAAAAUAUAAGCGAUCUAUUAUAAUUAUGAAUGCGUUUAUGAAGAAUAGUUAAGUUGAUUUGUAAAUUCAGAGUAGAAUCAGAAACUAUCUCAAAUAUUAGUGUGAAAAUGAAGCUAAUGAGAAUAAGGAUGAUAUCAAUAAAAUUAUAGCUGAUCUACCAAUAGGCUUAAAACAGGAACUCGUCUAAGAUGUUCAGAUGAACAUUAUGAAGAAGAUUAAGAUUUUAAAUAACUAGUUCUCGUAAUCUACUCUUAAACAACUUUCUCAGUAUUUAAUAGAAUUUAAAUUUACUCCAGGAGAUGUCAUAUAUCACAGAAAUGAUUUAAAUGACCAAAGUCUCUAUUAUAUACAAGAAGGAAUUGUUAAUAUUUAUGAAGAAAAUAGUCAAAAACUAUUAUAAUCUUUAAAAGCUGGGGAAACAUUUGGUGAAUAUUAAUUCUUCUCUGGAUUUUAAUCAAAAACAUCAGUUAAAAGCCAGGGGUUUACCAAAAUAUUUAAAAUUAAUCGUUCAUCGUUAUUGUAGUUAUUAAACUAAAACUCUAAAGAUUUUCAAAGAUUUCAUCACAUUAAAGACAAUAUUAUUUUUAAUUAGAAUUUCUAAAUUGUUUAAAAAUCCUGUAAUUACUGUAAAAUGGCUGAUCAUCUUAAUAUUGAUUGUCCACUUCUAUCAUACAAGCCAGACAUCUUGCAGAGAAUCAAGAAGGCUGAUUUAAGACCAUCUAUAUAAUAAAGGCAUUUUAUCUAGAGAAACAAUGAGAAAGUGCGAUGUUUAAUGAUGCAUUCAGCAAUUAAAGAUACUGUUGAAGAAUACAAAGCGAACCUUUCUAAUACUUAACUUGAUGAUAUUGACAUGAAGUUAUUUUCAACUUACGCUACAAAAGAUUUCAGUAGCCAUGGUUAAAAAGAAUCUCUAUUAGAUAAAUAAUUAACUAGGCCUCCUCCAGUUCCACCUUUAAAGAAAAACAGUUCCUUCUUGAUCAGAUAGAGAAAUUAAACUUAACAGAAGAAGGUUGGGAUUUUUUUAAAUUUAAAAUCAGUCUAUAGAGAUUCUGAUAGGCAAUUGAAAUCUGAGUCUGAAGAUGAUCAACUAAAUAAUUCACCCAAAAAUUAAACUUCACAAUAAUUUCAACUUGAUUUUAAUGACUUAUAAAUGAAUUAAUUUGACGAUUAAUUUCAAACAACUAAUUUCAAUAUCGAUAGAUUAAUGAAUUACUUUGGUUAUAUGCCUACAUCCAACGUGAUUUAUGCUUUGAGGAAGUACGAAAGACUCUAUAAAUAUCAAAAAGUUAAGACAAUUAAUUAUCAUGAAUCAGAACCAAGGAAAUUUAGCAUUCCCUUGUAUUAUAGUAGAAGGGAUUCAAUGAAUGAAUUGUUGAAAGAAAAGUUUUGA